AUGGCGCCAAACCUUCAACCUCAACCUCAGACUCAAACUCACCUUCAGCGUCCGCAACUCAAAGAUCAUAGACCGUGGUCAGGACUCUCCAAUAUCUCUAAACGGUCCUUUAGAUCCUGCGCCACUUCUGCUUUUGAGGCUGACGACGAGCGUUCCUCCAGCGACGGCGAUAUGAGCCCUCGCAAUAGCCAGUCUGGCUUGCGACGCCCAAUCGUGCCGCGUCAUUCUGGUCAUGACGCUCGCCCGACGAGUCGAAAGGAACUUCUGGGAUGGUACGCUUAUGCGUUCGCUGCUGAGACGUACGUGAUUUGUGGCAUCGCUUCAUUCAUCCCUAUUCUGCUUGAAACCCUCGCUAGAGAGAACGGUGUGCUGCUUUCAGACCGAAAAACACCAUGCGGAUCAAGUGAUAGCAAAAAUGAAGGCGAUGGCCAGUGUAUUGUCUGGGUGUUUGGAAUGGAGAUCAACACCGCCAGUUUCGCAAUGUACACCUUUUCAGUGAGCGUCUUAGUCCAAGCCCUGCUCGUUGUCAGUAUCAGCUGCGCCGCCGACCAUGGAAACUACCGCAAGAAGCUCCUCCUCAGUUUCGCUUGGAUUGGAAGCUUCGCGGUCAUGUCCUACAUCUUCAUCACCAAAGACAACUAUAUUCUCGGCGCUCUCUUGACCGUUAUAUCCAACACAUCGUUUGGCGCAUCAUUCGUAUUACUAAACUCUUUCCUCCCCCUACUUGUGCGAUACCAUCCCGAUGUUAUCGAGGCCAAUAUCACUACUACGCCGGAUUUGGGCAACUCGGACUAUGAGUCGCGUCCUCUGAACGAGUCGGUAGGUGAACCCGAGGCACCAGCAGUUACAACAACCUCGCCUUUGUUGCUUCCCGAGGACGGCGAACGGUUAAAACCCACGGCAAGCCAUGCAGAGAUAACGUCCAAGGAGCUGCAACUGUCAACGCGCAUAUCAGCGAUCGGAAUUGGUACUGGAUAUAUCGCAGCACUGUUUUUGCAAUGUGUUUGUAUCGGUGUUCUCAUCUCAAUGCAUAAUACUACAUGGGGCCAGCGAGUCGUAUUAUUCAUGGUUGGCGUCUGGUGGACCGUUUUUACUAUUCCUGCGGCAAUGUGGUUGCGACCCCGUCCCGGACCUCCCCUAGCAGACAAUGGCCGAAAAGGCAUCAUGGCGGGACUCGCAUACAUUCUAUAUGCUUGGAAGAGCCUGUUCAGGACAGUCCAGCAGGCCAGACGUCUGUUGGAUAUUGUUCUGUUCCUCGCCGGAUGGUUUCUUUUGUCAGACGCCAUCGCAACCACGUCAUCGACUGCCAUCCUAUUCGCCAAGACCCAACUCCACAUGAAACCGUGGGCGCUCGGUAUGAUCAAUGUCAUUUCAACUCUUGCAGGGGUGUUCGGUGCGUUCGGAUGGUCGUGGAUAUCGCGACUUUUCAAUCUCCAAGCCCAUCAGACCAUUCUUGUCUGCAUCGCGCUGUUCGAACUGAUUCCCCUUUACGGCUUAUUGGGCUAUCUUCCAUUUGUCAAAAAUUGGGGUGUUUUUGGACUCCAGCAACCAUGGGAAAUGUAUCCCUUGGCCGCUGUCUACGGAGUUGUCCUUGGAGGUCUGAGCGGUUACUGUCGUUCCCUAUACGGCGAACUUAUCCCCCCCGGAUCCGAGGCAGCUUUCUAUGCACUCUACGCAAUUACCGACAAAGGCUCCAGUGUUUUUGGACCGACGAUUGUGGGAGCAAUCAUUGACAGGACUGGUACAAUACGUCCUGCUUUUUGGUUUCUCGCAGUUUUGGUUGGCUUCCCUGCACCCCUGAUAUGGUUCAUUGACGUUGAACGCGGAAGACGAGAGGGCGCCAAACUCGCAAACUCAAUAACAGAGUCAACUGAGCAAGAAGAGGAUGAGGGUGAUGAUGAAGCUGAGCGUCGUGGAAUGCUGGCGGAUUAUGAGCGAGAACAGGAACACUAUGAGCGUGCAGGUCGUUAA